UGGGCGGGCCUUGGGCUGGGCUGAUCUGUGUUUUGACGUGAGAUGGAAAGUCUCUGCACCGGGUAGGGACAUGGAGGUUAGCGGCCUGCGCCGGGAAGUGCCCGUCAGGGAUGAGCACUGGAGGCUCCUGGAUAAUCUGAAAACCACAGUGGAAGGACUGGUAUCAGGCAACAGCCGGAAUGUAUGGUCCAAGUAUGGUGGCCUUCAAAGACUCUGCCGAGACAUGAGCAGCAUUCUUCAGCACGGUCUUGUAUGUGAUCAGGUUUACAGCAACCAGCAGAACUACUGGAACUUUGUGAAGAGCAGCCCACGACUCUUCCCUGGAUCGUCUCCUCAGGUAGAGCAGUUCCUCCGUUUCUGCGAUAACAGCCAGAGAAAUGGUGACGGUACUGGUGAGGACAGCGGCAAGUUAUGGUUACACCAUAGCCUGCAGUUCCACUGUCUGUCCACACAGCUCAAGUCUCUCCUUGGUAACAGACAGUACACCAAGAGGUUCUACUCAGAUUUUGCCUUCCUGCUGAGUGACACUCACGUUACAGCCAUGUUUCAGUGUCUAGAAGCUGUUGAACAGAAUAACCCCAGAUUACUGGCACAAAUUGACCCAUCAGUGCUUGCUGGAAAAAGGGAGUUCGCCAUUUCCGGUGCAAGUUUGAGUCUUACAGCUCUACCUGUUACUCCAGUCAUCCCAUACACUGAAAAUCCACACCAGCCCCUCUAUACGUCCUACAACAGCCUGCAGGUUCCAUCCAGUAUGCCCAGCAAUGGGUUUCAUUCCAGUGCUGUAGAUCAGCAAAACAACAUCUCUAAAGAGUGUGUAUCACUGCCUACGAAUACGUCCAUGCCGCCCACCAAAGACUUGUCUCCUCAUGAACCCUUUUCUCCUGUGAGCGAAAUGAGUAUCAGCACUAUGACCAGCCACAGUGAAGAGACUGCCAGCCCAGAAGACCUGGCUAGUGAGGCAGACGAUGGCCCAGAAUAUUUGGCAAUCGGAAACAUGAGCCGCAGAGCAUCGACUCAGAGCAGCAGCAGUAGUUCUAAUCUCUUCUCCAGCUCCCAAAAAACUGACACUCCUGUUCCAACGACACCAGCGCUACCAAGUAUCACUCUGCUCUCUGUCCCCCGCCGCUCCAGCUUUUCAGAGGGCCAAAUAAGUCAUGGAUCCAGCCAUAUCGGAAAGAGCCACAUGCGCUCACACUCUGAUACUCAUGUAGCCAUUGGAAAAAAUCAGGAAUCUCAUGGAGAUAUUUCCAGAAGAGGCAAUAAUGCAUUUAACGGAAGAUCACAUGCUCCCAACUCACUUUAUGUGGAUUAUGACAGCUCCCAGUACUUGAACUCCACAGAUGGGAUAUUUCGAAGGCCUUCAGAGGGACAGUCAUUAAUCAGUUAUCUCUCUGAACAGGAUUUCGGGAGCUGCGCUGACUUAGAGAAGGAGAAUGCUCACUUCAGCAUUUCAGAGUCUCUGAUAGCAGCUAUUGAGCUUAUGAAAUGUAACAUGAUGAGCCGUCAGCUUCAGGAAGAGGAAGAAGACAGUGAUCGGGAGAUUCGGGAACUGAAACAGAAGAUCCGUCUACGGCGACAACAGAUCCGAACGAGGAAGACGCCUAGUAACGAGGAACAGUCAAGCAGCUUUGGUGUGACGGACAGCAGUUCCCAGAUAAGUUCACAUGACUCAACUCGUCUGUCUGAUACUGGCUCUGUAGAUGAGGGGGAUCAGUAUGAAAUCAAAGAUGCAGACGUCAAGAAAUCCUCAAACUGUCAGUCUGUGCAGAGCUCGGAGUCCAUAUCAUACUCCUUCCUUCACUCUAACUCCGCUGAAGCCGUUGCCAUGGGCCUGCUGAAACAGUUUGAGGGCAUGCAGUUACCGGCGGCCUCGGAGCUGGAGUGGCUGGUUCCAGAACACGAUGCGCCUCAGAAGCUCUUGCCAAUCCCAGAUUCCAUGCCAAUUUCACCAGAUGAUGGAGAACAUGCUGAUAUAUACAAGCUGCGUAUUCGUGUUCGCGGGAACUUAGAGUGGGCACCUCCACGACCGCAGAUCAUCUUCAAUAUCCACACAGCUCCCACGAGAAAAGUGACCGUCACAAAGCAGAAUUACAGAUGUGCCGGUUGUGGCAUUAGAAUUGAGCCUGAUUACAUUAAAAGGCUCCGGUACUGUGAGUACCUGGGUAAGUAUUUUUGCCAGUGUUGCCAUGAGAACGCCCAGUCUGUUAUCCCAGGCAGAAUUUUACGGAAAUGGGACUUCAGCAAAUAUUACGUCAGUAACUUCUCCAAGGACCUCCUUACCAAGAUCUGGAGUGACCCGCUGUUUAAUGUGGAUGAUAUCAAUAAUGCAAUGUACAGGAAGGUGAAGGCUCUGGAACAAGUUCGGCUAUUACGAAUCCAACUGGUACACCUGAAGAACAUGUUUAAAACCUGCCGACUGGCCAAAGGUAUACUGGAACUGUAUGACAGUGUCCCGGGACAUCUGACUGAAGACCUGCACCUCUUCUCCUUGAAUGACCUUACGGCCAUAAAGAAGGGUGAACUGGUGCCACAACUGAAGGAAUUAGUGAGACUUGGAACCUUACACGUGGAUAAAUGCAUGUUGUGCCAAGCAAAGGGCUUCAUAUGUGAAUUCUGUCAGAGCGAAGACAUCAUCUUCCCUUUUGAAUUGGCAAAGUGCAGAAGGUGUGAAGACUGUAAGGCCUGUUAUCACAAGCAUUGUUUCUGUUCGGACCAUUGCCCUAAAUGUGAACGGUUGCGGGCAAGGAGGGAUCAAAUGGCCAGACAGAGCCUUGAGUCGUACAAUUCUGAACAGGAGGAAGAUGAAUCCUCGCAGGAGAAGAAUUCUGACUGAGCAGAGUCCGAAUGAAGGGCAAACGUCCAGGGGUAUCGACAAUUACUGGUCUAUCAAGGAAUGCCAUCAUUCCACUACAGUUUGGACAUUAUGGAUGGCUACUCCCACUCAAGGUGGUUUUCCAGCUACAACCUUCUCAUAGGUUACAUGUGGACAGUUUAUAACUGUGUACGGCUGCCAAUGUCAAGAUUGUGAGACAACUGAUGCCAACGCUGCCACCUAUUGGAAAGUUUCUUAUGUGGUUGUCAAAAUGCGUCCAUGAAGAAGGGAAACAUUUCCAGAAGGUCACAGAGAAUUUGAUGUAGACUUAUUGACAUUGUGGCCCCAUGUUGUUUGACAUGACUAUUAUCAAUAGUAUUGUAGGGAGACGAAGAUUAGAUGGAUUAGGCAGGUUAAUGCCAAUACACAACUAUUCCUACCCUUAGCUUCAGGUUGGCAGCGGUUUAUCUCUAUAGGGUCUGUAUUUUCCCAGGACAUUUCAGCCAUAACUGGUAUCUCAGACAUUCAAUCCUUUUUUUUGGAAUUUGUCUGGGCAGUUGCCAUAAAACAUGGCAGGUUUAGUUAACCCUGGUUGCCUAUGACACUUUACUCCCAUUCUGCUUCUAGCAUUGCAUGCUGGGAGUUAUUUACCGAAGAAGUUGUCUAAGGGAGAGUUCACAUCACUGUUUCAUUUUCCAUCAGAACAGAAAAAAAACAGGAUCCUGUGCAUCAGUUAUGCACAUUUGGCAUCUGUUUGAGCCAUUUUCGUUUGAAAUCUGCUUUUUAGACGGGAGAAAAAAAAAUGUAAAUGGCUCAAACGGAUGCCAACUGUGCAUAACUGAUGAACAGGAUCCGUUUUUUUUUUUUUCCUGCUGUUCUGACAGGUGGUAUGAACUCUCCCUAAGCCUGACUGAAAUCUUGGGGUACCAUUUUUUAUACAUAACUGAGGAGGAAUAAGUGCCGAGAGGAGAUGAAGAAGCAAAUAUUACCCUUAAUCUCCAAAUUGUGUUUGGAGAGCAUUAAUCUAACAAGAUUAAACUGACUUUACCUUGAGGUCCUUGGGUCACAUGAGUGUCCUGCAGUUUUGCACUAAUGUACUAACUGAUUGUAUACCCAACUCCAGUAUUGUCUUGUCUGUUUCAGUAUAUUUCAUGUUAUUUAAUUAGACGCACUUUAAUGAAUAUUAAAAGGCACUUAUCUAGCUGGAGCCUCACUGUGGAUAGCCUAUAUGUAAAUGACCUACCUACAGAGUGUAUGAGAGGCACAGGUGGAGUGUCCCUAAGAAGUGCAGCUCUUGGAUGCUCUCCCCACGCACUUUCACCUCCCUGCACUUGAGCUGGACUAACUUGUUGGUGUGAAGGCGUUAGUGCAUAACUCUGAAUCCUUCCCUGACGGGAGUUACUCUCUUUAGUCUACAAUUACACACAAACCAAAUAAGAGGCAUGCGCCAUUGGCUGCAGAUGAAUGUUCAGUGUUCUGUAGGCUUUUUAGCCUUUUUACCAGCGUCAUUCCUCAUAUGAAUGCUAUAGCACUUGCAGUGUUUCUCUAUCAGACACUUAAUAUGUAGAGGCAUCUCUCAAGCACCUGCAAAAUGGAUGGGUCCUCUGUGUCUGUACAAUGG